UUCUAUAAAUCCAAACUCAUAAACAAAAGAUUUUGUCUUUCCAUCAACAUCACUCUCUCAUACAUAACUCCCCCCUAAUAAAACUCUCACUUUAACUCCUUCUUCACUUCGUGUUCUUCGUCUUUCUUUUCACUUUUCUUUUUUCUCCAUAAGCAAAGAAACAAAACACAUAUAAAGGAUGAAUUCAAGAGCGUUCAGAGGAACAACUACAGAUAACAACUAUUUGGUCCCCAGGAGAUCCAAAGACCAACAAGACACCAGUCCGGACCGUAACCGAAUCUGGUCUGAGCCUCGUCAUAAACCUGUUCUUAACCGGAAAGUCCCGGUCGUCUAUUAUCUCUGCCGGAAUGGUCAGCUUGACCAUCCUCAUUUCAUGGAAGUCACUCUCUCUUCCCACGAUGGUCUUUAUCUCAAAGAUGUGUUAAACCGCUUGAAUGAUCUUAGAGGGAAGGGCAUGGCAAGUCUCUACUCUUGGUCUUCUAAACGGAGUUACAAAAAUGGUUUCGUCUGGCACGAUUUAUCAGAAGACGAUUUCAUCUUCCCAGUUCAAGGUCAAGAGUAUGUUCUCAAAGGCUCUGAGGUUCUUGAUUCUUGUCUUGUCUCAAACCCAAGAAGCCUCCUCGAAACCACGUCCUUCAGAGAUCCGAGAUCUUUAAACCCCUGUAAAAACUCCGGCGACGAUAUCCCGGCGGUGAUAAAUCGUCGGAGAAACCAGUCUUGGAGCUCCAUCGAUCUCAGCGAGUACAAGGUCUACAAAGCAACCGAAUCAAGCGCCGAGUCAGCUCAAAGACUCGCCGCAGACGCUUCUACUCAGACAGACGAUCGAAGGCGGCGGAGAAAACCGGCGAAAGAAGAAGUGGAGGAGGAAGUGAAAAGUCCGGCGAGUUACGAGAAUCAGAGCACAGAGCUGAGCAGAGACGAGAUAUCACCUCCACCGUCGGAUUCGAGUCCCGAGACUUUAGAGAAUCUCAUCAAAGCAGAUGGACGGCUGAUAUUGCGUCCUAGCGAAAGCAGCACCACCGAUCAUCGGACGGUGGAGAGUCUAUCAAGCGGGAGAAUGAGAGCUUCUGCUGUGUUGAUGCAGCUGAUAUCGUGCGGUACGAUGUCGUUUAAAGAAUGCGGACCUGUUCUGCUGAAAGAUCAAGGGCUGUCGUUGACUGGGCGUAGCGGGUGUACGCUAAGGAGAGAAGCAGGUGAUAAUGAAAGUGUGGAGAGGGUAGAGAAGGAAUUAAAGAGUUUUGGAAGGGUACAAUUGGAAGAUAAGGAGUAUUUUAGCGGCAGUUUGAUUGAAACCAAGAAGGAACUUGUUGUUCCUGCUUUGAAAAGAUCUUCUUCUUACAAUGCUGACAGGAGCUCAAGGAUGGGACCAAGGACUGAGAAGGACGAGGAAGAGGCGGUUCGAGCUAAGUGCAUUGCGAGAAAACCGAAGUCGGUGGCUCCAAGGAACAGUAGUGGGCAGCAGUAAAUGAAACGGCACGAAUGUCUGAUGAGAAGGAAGCUAGACGGCACGAAUGUCUAACAAGGUUCGAAUAACAAAGAAGAGAAGAAUAGGGAAUGAUGAUGAGUUGUAACUUGUAAGCAUUGUGAAUUGUGUAGGUUACUUAACUAUAUAAAAUUUCCUUUGCAUGCUAAGAAAAAAAAAAUCAAGAUGGGUGCAUCUAUAUAUUUAUAUAUAAAUGUUGUAGUUUGAACCAUAGGUGUCUUUUGAGGUUAAUUUUGCAAUCUGAUUUUUCUUUUA